AUGCUUCCCAUCGUAACUAGGGCAACUCUUCUUCUUUCCGCUAUACUGGCGUCGCCUGUGUUCACAUUUCAAUCGAUACGGAGAUUUCCUGGUCGUAUUCAUGAAACUGGGCUCUAUGGGAGGAUGAAAAACAAAGUUCCGUCUCGAAUUGCCGAUCAGACAGAGUAUGUAGAAGUCGAUGCGAACGGAGAUGAUUCAUGGAGAACGAUGGAUGCUGCUUCGCUUCUAGGCCGCGGUGGCCUGGGUAUCAUGCCCACAGAGAUGGGCUAUGGGUUUGUCUGCCCUCUCAUGAGCAAGCAAGGACUUGAACGCAUGCUCAGAAUAAAAGAAGCAAGUAAUUGCAAGAGACCGAUGACGUUGCUUUGUAGUGAUCUUACAACAAUCGAUGAGCAUUGCUUCGGAAUUGAUAGAGCAGUAUUCAAAACCUUAAAAAAGAAUCUUCCAGGCUCUUACAGAUUUAUACUACCAGGAAAAAACACACUGCCUAAGGCGAUAAUAUUUGAAUCGAAAGGGAGCAAAAGCUCAUUUACACGACAAACAAUCGGUGUAGGGAUUCCAACGGACCCAAUCCUACGCUAUGUUCAAGAUGAGCUGCUCGAUAAAGUGCCCCUACUGAUGUCUCCUCUUCCUAUUGAGAAUGAUAUGGAAUCUGAUCCAUACCAAUUGUAUCUGGGCCCUGACGCAUCCUGGUUCAACGAUUUGGACUUUGUUGUGAAUGCAGGAGAGAGACCAGGAGAGGCGUCAACGGAUUUCGAUUUGAGCAAUGGGGCUCCAACCCUCGUCAAAGAGGGAUUAGGAGAAAUAGAACUCGUUGCGUAA